CUCUGACUCGUACCACCACUAUGUAUCGCCUGGGUACCUCUUUUUCGCGUCCCUCGGCACGGGCCAUCUCACUCCACGGCGCUGCAGCUGCUACCCGGUACAAUACUCGAGGUCUGUCGACCGAGUCGCUGCAGGCAUUUGGCGAGAAGCAUGUUACGCGAGGUCUGGGACGGAUAACGGAGGGUGUGGUGGCCCAAGGACGGGGUUCCUAUGUCGACUUUCAUGACGGACGACAUAUGCUGGAUUUCACCAGUGGUAUCGGUGUAACUAAUCUGGGGCAUUGUCAUCCAAAAGUCAGCAAGGCUGCCGCAGACCAGUGCAUGAAUAUUGUUCAUGCGCAGUGCGGCACUGCUUUCCACGAACCUUAUCUGCAGCUUAUCGAGAGACUCCUUCCACUCAUGCCUCAUCCCUCGCUCAAUUCAUUCUUCUUUUGGAACUCUGGUUCUGAGGCUAUUGAAUGCGCAAUAAAAAUGGCCAGAAUUGCAACUGGUCGUCCCAAUAUCAUUUCUAUGCAAGGUGGCUAUCAUGGAAGGACGUUCGGUGCAAUGGCCGUAACGCGAAGCAAGACCAUUUACUCAGAAGGAGUUGCGCCCCUUAUGCCAGGAACGUUUUCAAUCCCCUUCCCGUACUGGCACCAAUUUGGAGCCUCAUCAACGAUUUCCGAGUCUGAACUGACUGCGAAAUCGCUCUACCAGCUUGAAAUCCUGCUUGCGCAGCAAACAGCACCUCGUGACACAGCGGCUCUGAUCAUCGAGCCGGUUCUCGGCGAGGGUGGAUAUGUUCCUGCUCCCAACGUGUUUUUGCAGGGUCUACGGGAGAUAUGCGACAAGCAUGGCAUCUUGUUAAUCAUCGACGAGGUUCAGAGCGGGUUCUGCAGGACAGGAACGUGGUUCGCCAUAGAGCCUAGCGGUGUUCAACCAGAUAUCCUCGUUUCUGCAAAGGGCCUGGCCAAUGGUUUCCCACUCAGUGCCAUCAUCAGCCGAAAAGAUAUCACAGAUCUUCUCAAGCCCGGAUCGAUGGGAGGAACCUAUGCUGGCAAUGCUGUAUCUUGUGCUGCUGCUGUGGCCGUCGCCGACGCUAUGAAGGAGGAAAAUAUUCUGGAUAACGUGAAAGAACGGUCAAAGCAAAUCUUCGCUGAACUGAACAAUUUGAAAGAUGAUCCUGAGGUUGCACCUUAUAUUCUGGAUGUUCGUGGACGAGGCUUGAUGGUCGCCAUCGAGUUUGUCUCGUCUGCCUCUGCGGGCAGCAAAUACGAUGUCGUGGCUUCCGAGACCGAGAAUGUGGGGCUAGCUGGGCGUGUCGCCAAGAAGUGUAUUGAGAAGGGCAUGCUGAUACUGACGACGAGUAUGUAUGAAGUAGUUAGGUUUAUUCCGCCACUCAACAUUAGCGAGGAGGAAAUGGCCGAGGGGUGCAGGAUAUUUGCAGAGGCUGUAAGAGAGGUUGUCAAGGCGUGAUCUAAAUCUGGAAGCAUGUAUGGAUAUAACCAAUCAUAAAAACGCAGGAUUUCAAUCUGUUGUACAAAAAUAGCUUUUCAAAGUAUCUCAUCGAUUAAAGAUGCA